UUAAACGUUAUCUCGCGAGAUGGCGAACACAACACCCAGAAGUUGCUAGCUUGGCCGCGCUAACCACCUCACGGUUUCCCAUCGUCCUACAUUUUGUCAAAAAGCCAGUGUUUUAUGAAAAUUUCGCCGCGCAGAAAUGGGGAAAGCAGACUUCCUGUCGCCCAAGGCAAUAAGCAACCGGAUCAAAUCAAAAGGUCUCCAGAAGUUGAGGUGGUAUUGUCAAAUGUGUCAAAAACAAUGCCGAGAUGAGAACGGCUUCAAGUGUCACUGCAUGUCCGAAUCCCACCAGCGGCAGCUGCUGCUCGCCUCGGAGAACCCGCGCAAGUUUAUGGACUUCUUCUCGCAUGAGUUCAAAAGUGGAUUCCUGGAGCUGCUGAGAAGACGUUUUGGGACCAAGCGUGUACACAACAACAUAGUGUACAACGAGUACAUCAGCGACCGCGAGCACAUCCACAUGAACGCCACGCGCUGGGAGACGCUCACGGUCUUCACCAAGUGGCUGGGCAGACAAGGUUUGUGUAAGGUGGACGAGACCCCAAAAGGCUGGUACAUCCAGUACAUCGACCGCGACCCCGAGACCAUCCGCCGCCAGGAGGAGCUGGCCAGGAGGAAGAAGCACGAGCUGGACGACGAGGAGCGGAGCGCCAAGUUCAUCGAGGAGCAGGUCCGCCGGGGCCGCAACGCCAUGGAGGAGGAGGAGGAUCCCGUUUACACUGAGCUGAAGCGAGAGAACGAGGAGGAAAAAGUCGCUUUCAACUUGGGUGCUGCUGCAGCGCUACCCGGUCCGUCCACAUCAAGUUCCCUGGUGGCCCCCAGCGCCCUGAAGAAGGCGUCCUCAUCGGUCAAGAGGAAAGACGCGUCCUCUGCGUCAGAGGCCAGGGACAAGAAGAAGUCGGCCCUGGAGCAGAUCAUUGAGAUGGAGGAGAGGAAGAAGCAGCAGCAGCAGCCGACCAGGACCGACCACUGGCUCCAGCCCGGCAUCGUCGUCAAGGUGGUCACCAAGCGGCUGGGGGAGAAGUACCACAAGAAGAAGGCUGUCGUCACGGAGGUGCAGGAGAAGUACACGGCCGUGGUGAAGAUGGUGGACUCGGGGGACAAACUGAAGCUGGACCAGAACCACGUGGAGACCGUCAUACCGGCCCCAGGAAAAUGCGUGAUGAUCCUCAACGGAAGCCACCGAGACACCCGGGCCCUGCUGGACGGCAUCGAUGAGAAGAACUUCUGCGCUUCGCUCACGCUGGACUCCGGUCCACACAAGGGCAAGCGAGUGGACGUGGCCUACGAGGACUUCUCUAAACUGGCUUGAAGCGUCUGUCUUGGGUCUCGGGAGGACUAAUCUACCAGGUCAGGCUGCAUGACGCGUCUUAUCAUAGGAAGCUGUUGAGGUGAGGGACGAUGUAGUGGCUGUAGUGGCCGUCGAUGAAGCCCUUGCCGCUGUUGUGUACGAACCAGCAGUACACGUCCGAGCCGCGCCGCGUGUCCCGCCGGUAGUCCUUCUGCCAGCCCCUGGUGACCCACAGCAGAUACCGCGUGGCGUUCACAGACAGACCUGACUUUCUAGACUUUGUUCCGAGGACGACGACCCACCUGGUGACGCGCACCUCCUUGCCCUUCACCGCCAUGGUGGCCUCCUUCUUCAGGGGGUCGGCGCCCUCGUGGACGUCGUACACGUUCGCUUCUGGCUCCUUGGAGAACUGACCUGAACCGUAGAACAUAAGAAGUCAACCACAAAUCACACACUCAUCUCUUUGGCAUGUCCAGUAGCUGGCAAAGCAUAUUGUUAGCCCAAUUUCCUUAUCUUCUACUGGCCUACGUCAUGGCUAGCCCCUCAACGUGACGUCUUACAGAGAACACUCAACUCAUCACACAGCGACUUAACACCUAAUAGGUGGACCUAAGGAAUAUGCAAACAUGGACCAAUAUCACUUUAAAAUGAAAAACUCAAUUCCCAUCAUGUGUUACGUCUGAGCAAAGCACCCAGUGGCGCCUGUGGGGCGCUGCACUGACAUCGGCCUCCCUCUAUCCAUCUGUGCUCAUCUGUUUUUCCUCAAAAUGGACCGGGAUCACGUCCACUCCACUCUUGCUGUUUUUUUUUUUACCUUCCAAAUAUUUCAACUUCCUUCAUUCAUACUCCCCGUAAACCUUCUUUGAAUGUUAUUCCCGUACGUUGACUUUAUUCCCAUAAUAUUCCAACAGCAUAUUGCUUUCUUUCUUAGCUCAUGAUGACUUGAGAUGGAGAUGGUUCGAUUACUGUGAUCAAUUACAGUAAUCACCCCCGCUGGGGUUGAUACAAUAAUA